AAUAUUAUUAUGGCUCCUCAUACUAUCAUUAAACGUGACAUGGUGGAAAUGGACGCUUUCCUGUCCUUUUUAGGUUAUCAGUUCUGGACGAUUAUAUCAUUUAUCAUACAUCAUUAUAUCGUUUUGCUAAAAGGUAAAAUCACAAGCAGGGACAAACCUAUUUCGCACAAGCCUACCGCAAACCAGUGAAAGCAUACUAUCAUAGUUACACUAGAUGCCAAUAAACAUGAGCUGCUUUGAAUGUUGAAAUUACACUUUAAAAAACACAUGCUUACUCGCAUACUUUUGGUCUGUAGUGUACACUGUGAUUCUGUAGUAGUAUGAUUCCAAACACAGGGGAAAAAAAGAAAAAAAAAAAAAAAACACUAAACAGUGCUGCCUUAUUUCUACUGAAGAUGUGAAAAGUUCAGCAAAAUCAAAAUUCGUUCAGAGGUUUUAAAAGCGCCUGCUGAAGCUGUUUAACCACACAGGAACUAUUUGUACAGAUAAAUAAAGCUUUAGUCAAGUAGGUGUCAUGAUUCAAAGACUGAUGUUCAUUAUGGCUGUUAUUUGUCAGCCUGCUGUAUCUGUGUCAUGAUGUAAAAUCCAUGCUCAUUACAAGGCUCUCACAGUUCCAUCGCACACAGCCAUUUCUCUCUCGGUGCUCUCUUAUUAAAACCUACAUCUAAAAUUAUUUAUUAUUUCAUGACUACUUUUGAAUUUUAUUGGCUGUCUAGAAAAUGCAGAGGUCAACACUGGAUUUACUUCUGUAUGUUUUUGAUAUUAGGAAGGAGCUGUUUAUAGUUUUAAAGUCAAGACCAUUCAUGCAUUUUUACAGCCAUAAUACUGAAUCUGAUCAUCAAUAAUUGAUGAAUGUCUUAUUGAUUAACGGGCAUCUGGUAGCCUUCUGGACAUUAAAGGAAGAGCUAGGAAUAUUCAGUGGGAAGGGGGGAAAAAAGCUCCAGCAUAAACACAAACCUGGACUUGUUUGUGCAUGUAUUUUUUUAUUUACUUAUUUUAUUUUAUUUUUUUUAAAUCAAGCCUUAGUUAAAAAAAUUGCCUAAACUGUUUUUUUUUUUUUUUGUUGGUUGCUAGAACCCUGGUUGUUAUAGCAAUGACACAGGUGUGUGUAUGCACACAAAUAGAGCACAACUGGGGAAAAUUAGCUAGUAUUUGCUGUGGUUUAAGUUUUACAUCCAGACCUGAAUCUGAAGACAUUCAUACAAGAUUUGUUCAUGUGGUGUGUCUUAUUGACAAUAAGCCACACACGCAGGGGGAAAAAAUCCUCAGUGACUGGUCAAUCUGAGAUGCAGAUCCAGAAUCUCAGAUCUCGUUUGUUUUCGCCAUUGAGACUGUGUCCAAGGCGGACAUGGACAUGUGCCCUGGUUGCGGUGUCAUUAUUUAGAGUCUUGGUCUUCUUUAUCUCUUUAUGGCAGACUCUUUCUAUAAUGCUGAAGGUGGCAAUCACUGUUUCCAUCAACCUUGAGGAGUCAUUAAUCUCAAGUCCUUUUGUUGUUCAUGUACAAUAGGGAAUGGAAAACGCACUAUAUACAAUAAAAUAUGGUGCAACAGCAGACAAUAUUCAUCUGGGUUUAUUCUGCUGAGAUCUGCAAAUAACAGAAAGAUGGGCUGGUCUGGUGCUGGUCCUGAUUACAACUCUGACACACACACACACACACGUAUCAACCCCUCAGUUUUGUCAGCAGUCUCUCCUCCUUCUCCUUUUUCAGUAGCUACAUCACACUGACUAUCCUAAACGAUGACGAACAGCCCAGCCCCUGUGGGAAUGAUCUCCUCCCUACCAGUCUGCUACAUAUGUGUAUUACACACAGACACACACAUGCACAGAUGAACUGUGCAGAGGCUGCAGCAGCAGCAGCAGCAGCUGAGCACCUGAUCAUCUCCCUCUACUGCCAAGGAGCAUCUGCUCCAACCCCUCACAGCAUCAUCUUUAUUCUUCUGCAGCCUAAAGACAGUCAGCCUUCAUGUUUUGGCUCCUCAUUACUUUCUGCUUUCGAGCACUGAAAAUGCAUCUUUGCCAAAAGGAUGAAAGCCAUGAAGUGUAACAAAAAGGAUAUGCGGCUAGAUGAAGUGAGCACUUUCGUGGACUUUUCCAGUUCAAGAGGUUCAGGAUGAAGAUGGUGUGUGAUCAAUACAGAGAUGGAGAGGCUGGCAGUGUAACCGGACACGGACAACAGUUAUCCACUGCUAAUUCAACAUGAAGUACAAAGAGGACUGUUUAUCUGGCAUUUGCUCCCAGUAGACCAUCUCCGGAAAGAUGGAUGAACAGCUUCACAACUCCACAGCGAGUGGAAACACAUCAGUCGUCCUGUCAGUUCCAUAUAACCUUUGGGAAGUCAUCACUAUUGCUACUGUGUCUGCUGUUGCAAGCCUAAUCACCAUAGUGGGAAAUGUUUUGGUGAUGCUUUCUUUCAAAGUGAACAGCCAGCUGAAGACAGUGAACAACUACUAUUUACUAAGUUUGGCUUUUGCAGACCUCAUUAUUGGAGUGUUCUCUAUGAACCUUUACACUACGUACAUUCUGAUGGGAUAUUGGUCUCUGGGAAACUUAGCAUGCGAUCUCUGGUUAGCUCUGGACUAUGUGGCAAGCAAUGCUUCAGUAAUGAACUUGCUGGUGAUCAGCUUUGAUAGAUAUUUCUCCAUUACGAGGCCACUUACGUACCGGGCUAAACGAACACCCAAGCGGGCUGGCAUUAUGAUCGGCUUGGCAUGGCUUAUAUCCUUCAUCUUAUGGGCCCCUCCUAUUUUAUGCUGGCAGUAUUUUGUGGGCGAGAGGACAGUUCCUCCAGACCAGUGCCAAAUUCAGUUCUUCUCAGAACCUGUGAUUACAUUUGGAACAGCCAUAGCAGCCUUUUACAUUCCUGUCUCCAUUAUGACCAUUUUAUACUGCAGAAUCUACAAGGAGACCGAGAAGCGUACAAAAGACUUGGCUGAGCUGCAAGGGAUCACGUCUGUGGAUAGCCACGACAACCCAAAAACACAAAAACAACGAUCUUGCUUUGCUUUUAGCACUGACCGGAACAGAACACACGGCUCGUGGUCUUCAUCGAACCAGAGCAACGUGACUAAGACUACAGCACACUCUGAGGACGUGUGGGUGAAAUCAGAUCAGGCUGCUGCUCUCAAUAGCUAUACAUCCUCUGAAGAUGAGGAGCGCCCUAUUUCGGAAGCACCAUCUCAAGAUUCCUACAAAAACCAGGAUGAGCCGAUGAACUGUUAUGAAGAAAGCCACUAUCUUGCUAAUUCCACCAAGUACUGCUCACAAAAGAAUAAGAAAUGCAUCUCCUACAAGUUCAAGCCAGUCAUGAAGAACAUCAGCCCCCAGAAAGCCAACAGUGAACCUGUUACACAUCCUUGCCCAUCAUCACAACAGUUAACUCUUACAUCUGCGUCCUCUUCAGCCCAACCUAUGGAUUCCAGUCUCAAAAGUCAAAUCACUAAACGGAAGAGAAUGGUUCUCAUCAAAGAGAAGAAGGCAGCUCAGACUCUCAGCGCUAUUCUCCUGGCCUUUAUUCUUACCUGGACUCCAUAUAAUAUCAUGGUGCUCAUCUCCACCUUCUGCUCUGACUGUAUUCCUCUGUCCCUCUGGCACCUGGGCUACUGGCUCUGCUACGUCAACAGCACCAUAAACCCCAUGUGCUACGCCUUAUGCAACAAAACCUUCCAGAAAACCUUUCGAAUGUUGCUCUCCUGCAAGUGGAAGAAGAACCGAGGAGAGGAGAAACUGCACUGGUGUGGGCAAAACCCACCAAUGACCAACAAACUCACACAGCAAGCAGACUGAGUAAUCUGUGUGGCAAAAAAAUGAUAUCUUAGCAAAUAAAUAUCUUGACUAUAAUCUAAUUUAUCUCAUAUUUCUCAUAUUUUUUUCUCAUAUAUUUGUAAUUGAAAUGAGCAAAAUUAUCUGCCAACCAAACAAAACAAUUUCAAGCUCGAAAUUAGUAAAAAAAGUGUCGAUAUACACUUUAGCUUUUAUUUGCUGCAAUAUUUCUAUCAAAUAUAUAUUAUAUUUGAUAAUAUAAUCUUAUCAAAAUCUCAUAAUGAGAAAUAUUUCAUAAAUUUGCAUAUAUUCAAGAUAGUUUUCACUGAUAUUUCCAGUAAAAUUAAGUGCCAGCUAUGUAGAUGUCCUACAGUGUGUGUGUGUUGUUGUUGUUGUACACUAAUGUUUCUAGCUGUUGUAAUAUAUUGUAUCCUGCCUAACCAUUGACAUUCUUUUUGUAAAUCUUCUUCUAAGGGCUUGGGUGGCAUGCUUAUUUUAAUCUCUGUCUCAAAAUCAUAUUUUGAUCAGUGUAUUUAAAUGAAAGCAUAGUAAAUGUGCCUAAAGUCUGCUUAAACUUACUUAGCAUUAGUGUUAGUUACUAAACACUGAUAAAUUAAAAAAAAAUCACUGGUUAUAGAUUCUGAUUUUCAAGUGUUCCAGUAGACAAUGAUCAGCACUUACUAUCACUCUGCUGCUGCAUAUCUGCUUUAAGGUUCGAUGUGUUAUAUGUUCUGAGAUGAUUUUCUGCUCAUCAUGGUUGUAAAGAGUAGCUAUUUGAGUUACUAUAGGCUUCCUAUCAGCUCCAAACAGUCUGGCAGUUCUCCUCUAAUCUCUCUCAUCAUCAAGGAGUUUCCGCCCACAGAACCAGCACAAACUGGAUGUAUUUUGUGUUUCACCAUUCUGUAUAAAGUCGUGAGACUGUUGUGUGUGAAAAUCCCAGGAGACCAGCAGUUUCUGAAAUACUCAAACCAGUCCAUCUGGCACCAACAACCAUGCCACAGUCAGAGUCACGGAGGUUACAUUUCCUCCCUUCUGAUGUUUGAUGUGAAUAUUAACUUAUUAACUAUAUGGCUAUGAGCUUCUGUUAAUGUUCACAUCAAACAUCAGAAUGAGGGAAAAAUGUGCCUGGCAUGGUUGCUGGUGCCAGAAAGGCUGGUUUGAGUAUUUGAGAAACUACUGAUCUCCUGGGAUUUUCACACACAGCAGUUUCGAGCUGAUAGGAAGCCUAUAGUAACUCAAAUUGCUACAACCACGAUGAGCAGAAAAAUCAUCUCAGAAAUAACAACACAUUGAACCUUAAAGCAGAUAUGCAGCAGCAGAAGACCUCAUGGAGUUCCACUCCUGUCAGCCUAAAACAGGAAUCUGAGGCUACAGUGAGCAGUGGUACACACAAGACUGGAAAAAAGACCAGGCAAAGUUUUUCCAAUCAGCGUUUUUCGUGGGCUUGUGCCCAUUGUAUACACAGCUGUGUGUGAAAAUCCCAGGAGACAGGCAGUUUCUGAAAUACUCAAACCAAAGUCACCAGGAGUACAUUUUCCCCAUUCUGAUGUUUCAUGAACUGAAGCUCUUGACCUGUAAAUACAUUUGUGUUGCCUGGCUGACUGGAUAAUUGCAUGAAUGAGCAGGUGUACAGCUGUUCCUAUUAAAGUGGCUGGUGAGUACUGACCUUUACUGUAGCUAAUAGCGUUGCAAGCCAAAGUUUCCAAACACAAAGUGAAAAAUGAAAAAUACAAAGAAUUUAUUUUAACCAACAAGGAGUGUUUUGGCAUUCACAGAUGUUCCUUCAAUAUCAUAAGCAAGAAAAUAGUAAUUCAUAUCUUUAGAUAAUAAAAGUGAAAAAUCAUUUAAAUGAUAUUAGUAUAAAAGCUUGCAUUUCCCUUUCUGAAUGUGAUACAAAUAUUCUCUAAUAACCCUUUGCCUUUAACCACUUUAGUACCUUCUAAAGAGCUUUUAGAUCCUCUUAGUGCUAGAAUUCCACCUUCUUCAGAUGAAGAGAUUAGGACUGGAGAUC